UUCGCUGCCCAGCCUCCGGGGCAGCAGGCCGAGCUGCUGAAAUACAGUCCCCGCUGCCUUUCACUAAUUGCGAGUCAGCUGCUUGGCGUGCAGGGGUGUGACGGGGAGGGGAUCCGCGCUCAGUGCUCCCUGCACCCCCCGGUCCUGGUGACAUGCAGGGGUGCUGAGCGCCCUGGUUCUGGCAGGUGGGGCUGUGCGGACAGACUAGGGCACCGGCUGUGCGCCUGCACGUGCCCGCACGCCGCCGGCGCCAUGGCUUCCUUCGGGAAACUGACGGAGUACUUCAGCCUGAGGAAGUCGAGGAACGAGUUCCGCUCGGAGCGCCGGAGCGGCCGUCGGAGCGGCAGCUAUUGCUGCAGUGUCACCGAAUGCAGGUCGCUGGAUCGAAAGCUGCAGAGGCCUAUGCUGGGAAAGUCCCGGACUCUCCCCAGCAUCCCUCAGUCCCCUGUCCUCAGCCGGGCUCCCCUCUUGGACCCCAGGCUGUUCCGGGAGGAGAUGCUGGAGCAGAAGCACAAGCAGCACUCGGCCGCAGGCAGUGCGAAAGGCUGCACCGUGCCCUCUGCUGGGGAGGCCUGGCGGCUGGAAGACGACGGCGUGGGACCCUCGGGCGGUGCCGGGCCCCAGCCCCAGCUCCGCACCGCCAUGGACGAGGCCCCCUUCAGCCACUGCCGGACGCGCUCCUUUUACAUGAGGAAGAGCCUGUCUGUGGACAACCACCUGGGCGCCCUCAGCUCCUCGCCCCGCCCGCCCGAGACCAGGACUGAUGGCGUCAGAACCAAGCUCCGGAGGCAGUUUAGCCUGGGGUCUGCAGACAAGAAGGACUUCAACCAGCCCAAACCACACGCACAGGAGGCUGGAAGUCCCGGAUUGGAGUGUGGCUGUCCUGGCCCAGGGUAAUGGUGCCAGAUCUGCAGAUGAAUUCCAGUCGUCCAAGGAAGGGCCUUUUACCCACGAGCGCUCACAAGUCGAUACGUUUUGGUUAGUCUCCAAGGCGCCACGGGACCCCUGGUUGAUUCUGCAGUUGCAGACUAACAUGAGUCCCUAUAACGUUCUCUACGGAGACUGCAGUGUGUCGCCGUCCCUAUGGCCAGAGCGCCCCUCCGUAUCCCCACCUGCCGUCGUGUCUGUGGCGGGGCGUGGAACGCCGAGGGGAUUCCGCUCUCCCCUCCUCAUGCUGCUGGGCGGCAGCAUCCUGGCGUCGAGUGUCUACAUUGGCCAUUGUCAGGGUUUGCUCCGCGCCCUGCUGCUUCACACGGGCACCCUUGCCCUCGAGGGGUAUUUGCAUUGUGGCUGCGUGAAUCUUGAGCCCACCUCAGCUUUGUGAUGGGCAUUGCCAUACAUGCAAGUUUCUUCUAAAAUCAGUUGGAGGGUUUCAGUCAGGUUCCUUGCUCCCUAAGACUCCAGGCUGCCCCCACCCUCGAAAGCCACUGGUGGCCCGUGCCCCGGACAGCAAUCUGUGGAGAGAAGUGGUCGGCAGGUGAGAUGGGGCUGCAGUUCACAGCCGGAGCAGGACACGAAUGCUACUGCGAAUCCCUUUCGAAGAGCCUUGACAUUCUCUGUCCCCCGGCCGUCCCCUCCAUGAAAAAUUGGUUGCAUCAGUUGUGUUUGGGUUCCACUGAAGAACAUGGAAUCCCUCUUGCUGCUCUGCAGCCUGCUCGGAUGGAAAGUUUGAAGCAUUUGAAAGCUGUGUGCAGAGUAAUUCAAGACCAGUUUCAAGUAUAUUUUGGACUCUCGAAGAGCUGUCGUCUUCUUGCUCAGACCACGGGCUGUCCUAGACAAGGCCUCGCUUUGAAUUUAUACUUCUGCUGAGUAGGACGGAAUGUUUUGAUUCCUAAUUUAGAGUAUCCGUCCUGACAGGUUCCAGCCUUCCAGGCUCCCGCAGAGACAGGCCGGGAGAGACUGGAGAGUGCUCCGAGGUCCCCUGCAGCAAAUGUACCUGUCAGCAAGCGCCCCGGGCUGUGCGAACCGGCGCAUUUGGAAACUGCUCUCUGGACGGAGCCUCCUCCCCUUCUCUGUGCUCAUUUGUAUUUGGCUUGUUUUCAGGAUUUCUCUUAUUUGUGGAGCAGGGUGAUUUUUUUUAUGCUGAUAAAAUGUGGCCCCCACCAAAUGGAGGUCUGUAAGCCCUGGGGGGGUGGGGGUGCAGCUCCCAGUACUGUCUGGCAACGUGUGGGUUCGGUUUCGCUAGCUCCUUCAGCAUGGACCUGAUCCAGCAAAGGGCUUUGUCACGUUAUUGGAUUGUGAGGGGAGCAGACAGGUCACUGCUGCAC